UUAUUAAUUAAAAAGUGCUUUAAUUAUCCCGAUAAUUGGAAAGAUCUUUUAAAUUUCAAAUCUUAAAAUAUUAAAAAAAAGAGUGGGAAAAUAAAGAGGUAGAAACAAUUUAUAGAGUAACACAAUAUUGAAAAAAUGCCAGGCAAUGAUGAUGAUGAUGGAUUUGAUGACUUCAUUAAUUAAUUGAAGGAAAAAAAGGAGCAUUUAAAAGUGAAAUUAUAGGGAGGAAGCGAAGAAAUUCGCAAGCCCAAAAAGCCAUUAACUAUCUUUUUAAGAUUCCACAUGGAGAAGUUUAAUUAAAUAAAAAUGAAAAAUCAAGAUUGGACACCUAAUAUGAUAACUCAAUAUUUAAAGAAGCAAUGGGAGAGCAUGAGUGAGGCUUAAAAAGAAAGAUAUAUCUAGACCUACGAAUAGGAUUUUAAAAAGUAUAAUAAGUUAAUUGACCUUUACAACAAGCUCACUCUUAAACCUAAGAAACCUAUUACUCCUUAUUUUUAAUUUUUUUCUGAAAAUAUUGAAGUAUAUUUAAAGAAUUACCCUGAAAAAUCGCAUAAUGAAAUCACUAAAUUGAUUGGAGAUGAUUGGAAUAAUUUUGAUUCCAAAAAAAAAAGUGAGAUGAAAAAAGAUUAUGAAAAAUAGAAGCAACUUUAUGAAGUCUAGUUACAAAAAUUUAAGUAAAGAGAAAAUAACUAUAUAAAAUAUGAUGACUAUAAUCAAAAACUAGAAGAUUAUGAAAAGGAGUUAGAAGAAGAAUUAGAUAAUAUCCGUUCUAAAUUCCCAAAAGUUGCAUCAACCAUUCCAAAAAAGAAAAAUUAGAAAUAGAAUUCAAAAGAUAAAUAAAAUUUAAAGGAUGAAAAACAACAAUAGAAGGAUGAAAGCGAACAAGAAUAGGAAGAUCUUGAAGUGAAAAUUGAAGAAGAAGACGAACAAGGUUUAGAUAAAGAAGAUGAGGAUGAAGGAUAAGAAGAAGAAGAAAAUUUAUCAAAUGAAAGUGAUUAAAAAAGAAAUAAAAGCAAAUCAAAAAGUAAGAAAGUUUAAAAGGAGACCUAAAAAGCUUCAAAUAAUAAAAGAGAGUAAAAAGAGUAAAAGUUAAAAGAAAAAUCAGAUAAUAAAAUAGAUAAAGCCAUUAAAGCAGCAUAAGAAGAGGGCAGAUCAGGAUUAAGAAAGAGGGAAGCAACUAAAUAAACUAAAACUUAAGAAAAUGAAAAUAAAUAAGUAGAAAGAAGUGUAUCUAAAUCCUUAAAAACAAGAUCAUCUUCUAAAAAAGCAUAAGAGCAUACUAAAAUGAAAAGAUCAAGAUCUUAAAUUGCACUUAAACAGUAAUAAGAAAAAGAGGAAUCAAGUAAAUAAGUGCCAUAAGUAGCUAAAAGAUCAUCAUCUUAAUAGUCUUAAAAUGUUACUUCUAAAGAUAGUUAACAAAAAAAAACAAAGAAUUAGGAAGCAUCCAGAUCUUCAACUAGAAUUAAAGAGUAGAAGCUCAAUGUAAAGAAAGAAGCAUCAAAAAAGGUUGAAAAUGAUAAAAAGAAAGAUGAAAAGAAAAAAGAAGUUUAAAGAGAAAGUUUAAAAAAUAUAAAAAUCUUAAAAAGAAAGAAUAAAGAUAGAGAUGCACAAGAUGAUGAAGUAGAAGAAGAUAUCGAAGAGACUGUUCAAAAAAAAUAAAAACUUGUUCAAGAAAAAAUUAUCACACACAUAUUAGGAAUGAGAGAAUAUAGAGGCAAAGUUAAAUAUUUAUUAAGAUUGAAAAAUGAUGAGUAAUACUGGGCUAAGAGAGAUGAUCCUAUUUUUAACGAAAAUAAAAACCAAUAAAAGUUGUCUGUAUUCUUAAAGUAAAUUAAAAAACAAAAAAAGUGA